GAUAUAAAUUUUAAUAAUAACGCUCUGUCUAUCCUCUAGCUCUGCUGAGUAUGAGUGUGAACUGAGCGAUAAGAAAAAAGAAGGAACAAGCACUAGCGAGGAGCGGCAUGAACCGCUACGCGUUCCUCUCCGCCACUCUCGUUCUUGCCAUUGCCGUCCUCUCUCUGAACAUACCACCGCAAGAUUGGUUAAGUUUGGGAUUGAAAAGAUUAUCAACGAAGAAAUUAGCGGCCGAUCUAAUAGUGAAGAAUGCUUUUAUCUUCACUAGCGACGCCUCUAUGCCUGUCGCCGAUUCUAUGGCUAUUCAAAACGGCAGGAUUCUUCGCGUUGGCAAUUAUUCGUCUCUACAGGAUUUGGUAGGGGGUGGAACUAAAGAGUUGAAUGUUGAAGGAAAAGUUUUGGUUCCUGGAUUUAUUGAUUCUCAUGUCCACUUAAUUCCCGGUGGACUUCAGAUGGGGCGUGUGGAGCUGCGGGGUGUAAAUAAGAAGGAAGAGUUUGUGAGAAGGGUUAAAGAAGCUGCAGGAAAUGUAAAACAAGGUUCCUGGGUGUUGGGUGGUGGAUGGAACAAUGAUUUGUGGGGAGGAGAAUUACCAAUGGCUUCUUGGCUUGAUGAUUUUACAGCAGAUAAUCCUGUUUGGUUAACAAGGAUGGAUGGUCAUAUGGGCUUGGCUAAUUCAUUGGCACUGAAAUUGGCUGGUAUUAAUAAUUCAUCGAUUGAUCCCAAUGGUGGAACCAUUGCAAAAUCUACCCAUGGAGAACCUACAGGAUUGUUGAUUGAUGCUGCAAUGAAACUUGUCCUCCCCUCGAUUCCAGAGGUCUCAGUGGAUGAAAGGAGGGAGGCUUUUCUGAGAGCCAGCAACCUUGCCUUGACGAGGGGUGUGACAACUGUUGUUGAUUUUGGGCGAUAUUUUCCUGGAGCAAGCGUCGAACAGUCCUGGGAGGAUCUUUCAGAUGUUUAUCAAUGGGCUGAUUCUUCUGGGAAGAUGAUUAUUAGGGUUUGCUUAUUUUUUCCAAUGGAAACAUGGUCACGACUUCUUGAGCUUAUCAAGAAGACAGGACGAGCACUUAGCGAUUGGAUUUAUUUGGGUGGUGUUAAGGCAUUUGCUGAUGGAUCUUUAGGUUCUAAUAGUGCAUUUUUCUUUGAGCCAUAUGCUGAUGAGCCUCACAACUAUGGCUUACAAGUGACUGAUCCGGAGAGUCUUUUCAACAUGACAGCAGCAUCUGAUAAACUUGGACUUCAGGUGGCAAUUCAUGCUAUAGGUGAUCGAGCAAAUGAGAUGGUCCUGGAGAUGUACAGAUCAGUUGCUUUAACAAAUGGAAUGAGAGAUAGAAGAUUUAGGAUCGAGCAUGCCCAGCAUCUGGCACCUGGAAUGGCUGCCAGAUUUGGUGAGCAAGGGGUUGUUGCUUCAGUACAGCCAGAUCACCUUCUUGAUGAUGCUGAUUCCGCUGCAAAAAAGCUUGGGGUGGAUAGGGCCCAGCAGGGAUCUUACCUUUUCCACUCGCUUCUUGCUAGCAAUGCUCGGUUGGCUUUGGGUUCUGACUGGCCUGUUGCAAACAUCAAUCCUGUAGGAAGCAUCAAAACAGCAAUGAAAAGAAUACCCGAUGGCUGGAAAAAUGCUUGGAUAUCAUCUGAAUGCCUUUCACUGAAUGAUGCAUUAAUUGCGCACACUAUUUCAGCUGCCUAUGCAUGCUUUCUGGACAGUGAAUUGGGAUCCUUAUCUCCUGGAAAACUGGCAGAUUUUGUCAUUCUGUCCACCAGUACAUUGGAUGACUUGGCCGAAGGAUCCGUGACAGUUGAGGCCACAUAUGUUGCUGGUGUACAGGCAUAUCCUUGAAAGUGUAUAGCUUCAUAUCGUAGGCAAAGAACAUUCUUAUCGAGACGGGACCUGGUAAAUUAGGGCAUUGCUCAGUAGCAUCUUUUAAGUGGGAUGAAGACCAUGGUGCAAAGAAAUGUCAUAUGAUUGAUGAUAUAAGGUGUUUGUAAUUAAUAAUCUCCUUGUAUGCGUAUUCCUCUCUGUUUCAGACUCAA